CAGGCUCCCCCUCCCCUCCGCUUCCAACCCACAGCCCUUCUUUCUCUCGCUCCUUUCCUUCCUAGGGAGGGGGGCCGGCGUUAGAGGGCCGGGUCUGCACCGGGGGCGGAGCUGCCCCCCUGGCCUGGAGGUAAGAAGGCGGAGACCCGCGGGUCCCGGGCGCAGACCUCCCGUCGAGGCUCCUCCCGGCCGCGGGCGCUGCAGCCGCGGCAGCUCCCAGCAAAAAGUGGAUCUUUUGGCUCAGCUUGCAAGACCUGCAAACUCUCACUGCACAGCGCCCCGCCCCCCGGGGGACUUUUCUCUUUGGUUUUCCUUCCUUGCUCGGCCUCCGCACGCCCUCCUCCUCCCCGCGGAGACUUUCAUGCUUCUUUUAGCACCUUUCUGUAGCCAGGGGACGUGCCACCCCGGAGCACCAACGACCUCCGUUGAGUUCUACUGUUGUUUUCAUUUCUCCCUCGCUUCCUCUCAUCGGGUUCAUCUGCGGAGUCUGAAGUUUUGCCAGAGGGGACGGGAAAUAAAUAGGUGCUGCUGCCCCGCGAGGCUUAGACGACGGGAAGGGCAGCCAGAGCGGCGGGAGCUCGGUGGAGCUCGUGGGACCCCAUUGGGGGAAUUUGAUCCUCGGAAGCCGGGAGAUUGCCGGGGGAGGCGAGGCUCCCAGAUCGUCGUGUCCAGUUCCAGGGGGGAGGAGGAGACGCCGGAGCCGGCCUCUCGGCGUGCUCGGCGCAGCUGCUCCCUGCCCCGUCCCGCCGGGAUCAUGGGCUGCGGCCGCCCGGGAGGGAGGCUGCUGCUGCGGGCCGGGCUGCUCGCCCUGGCUGCGCUCUGCCUGCUCCGCGUGCCCGGAGCCCGGGCUGCAGCCUGCGAACCUGUCCGCAUCCCCCUGUGCAAGUCCCUGCCCUGGAACAUGACGAAGAUGCCCAACCACCUGCACCACAGCACCCAGGCCAACGCCAUCCUGGCCAUCGAGCAGUUCGAAGGUCUGCUGGGCACCCACUGCAGCCCCGACCUGCUCUUCUUCCUCUGCGCGAUGUACGCGCCCAUCUGCACCAUUGACUUCCAGCACGAGCCCAUCAAGCCCUGCAAGUCGGUGUGCGAGCGGGCCCGGCAGGGCUGUGAGCCCAUCCUCAUCAAGUACCGCCACUCGUGGCCCGAGAGCCUGGCCUGCGAGGAGCUGCCGGUGUAUGACCGCGGCGUGUGCAUCUCUCCCGAGGCGAUCGUCACUGCCGACGGCGCCGAUUUUCCUAUGGAUUCUAGUAAUGGAAACUGUAGAGGGGCGAGCAGUGAACGCUGCAAAUGUAAGCCUAUUAGAGCUACACAGAAGACCUAUUUCCGAAACAAUUACAACUAUGUCAUUCGGGCUAAAGUUAAAGAGGUCAGGACCAAGUGCCAUGAUGUGACUGCGGUGGUCGAGGUGAAGGAGAUCGUGAAGUCUUCUCUGGUGAACAUUCCACGGGACACGGUUAACCUGUACACCAGCUCUGGCUGCCUGUGUCCUCCGCUGCAUGUCAAUGAGGAGUAUAUCAUCAUGGGCUAUGAAGAUGAGGAGCGCUCCAGAUUACUGUUGGUGGAGGGUUCUAUUGCUGAAAAAUGGAAGGAUCGACUGGGCAAAAAAGUUAAGCGCUGGGAUAUGAAGCUCCGUCACCUUGGACUGAAUAAAAGCGAUUCUAGCCAUAGUGAUUCCACGCAGAGUCAGAAGUCCGGCAGGAACUCCAACCCCCGGCAAGCGCGCAACUAAAUCCUGAAACGCGGGAAGAAGCUGGUGGACUUCCUGUUAAGACUCGCAUUGCUGGACUAGCAAAGGAAAAUUGCACUAUUGCACGUCAUACUCUAUUUUUUACCACAAAAACUCAUGUGGUAACUGAUAUUACUUCUAUUUUCUCUUUUGUUUUCUGCUUUUCUCUUUCCUCCUUCCCACCCCCGUUUUUUGUGGUCUGGGUGCAGAUCCUUAAAUAUAUGAUAUGUAUUCUAUUUCACUAGUCAUGGGAAAACUGUUCUUUGCAAUAAUAAUAAAUUAAACAUGUGGAUACCAGG